AUGCACUGGGGGGUUGGCUUUGCCUCGUCCAGGCCGUACGUGGUGGAUCUGAGCUGGAACCAGAGCGUCUCCUUCUUCGGCUGGUGGGCCGGGUCCGAGGAGCCCUUCUCCUUUUAUGGGGACAUCAUCGCUUUCCCUUUGCAGGAUUACGGUGGGAUCAUGGCAGGGCUGGGCUCCGAUCCCUGGUGGAAGAAAACCCUUUACUUGACCGGGGGAGCUUUGCUGGCCGCAGCUGCGUAUCUGUUCCACGAACUCCUGGUCAUUAGGAAACAGCAAGAAAUUGACUCCAAAGAUGCUAUUAUUUUGCAUCAGUUUGCGAGACCUAACAAUGGUGUUCCCAGUUUAUCUCCUUUCUGUUUGAAAAUGGAAACUUAUUUAAGGAUGGCUGACUUACCCUAUCAGAACUAUUUUGGCGGAAAACUGUCUGCUCAAGGGAAAAUGCCUUGGAUUGAAUAUAAUAAUGAAAAAGUUUCUGGCACAGAGUUCAUAAUUGACUUUUUGGAAGAGAAACUUGGAGUGAAUUUAAACAAAAACCUUGGCCCUCAUGAAAGAGCUGUCUCCAGAGCGGUGACCAAAAUGGUGGAGGAACACUUCUACUGGACGUUAGCUUAUUGCCAGUGGGUGGACAAUCUCAAUGAGACCCGGAAGAUGCUCUCCCUUAGUGGUGGUGGUCCCUUCAGUAACCUGCUGAGGUGGGUUGUGUGCCACAUAACGAAAGGAAUUGUGAAACGCGAGAUGCACGGUCAUGGCAUUGGCCGCUUCUCCGAGGAAGAGAUUUACAGGCUGAUGGAGAAGGACAUGCGGUCGUUAGCAGGGCUUUUAGGUGAUAAGAAGUACAUCAUGGGGCCCAAGCUUUCGACUCUCGACGCCACCAUCUUUGGGCAUUUGGCACAGGCAAUGUGGACCUUACCAGGAACGAGACCGGAGCGGCUGAUCAAAGGUGAGCUGAUCAACCUCGCCAUGUACUGUGAGAGGAUAAGAAGGAAAUUCUGGCCAGAGUGGCAUUAUGAUGACGACAACACCAUCUAUGAGUCUGAGGAGAGCAGUGAAGGCAGCAAAACCCACACGCCCCUGCUGGAUUUCAGCUUUUACUCAAGGACAGAGACGUUUGAAGAUGAGGGAGCAGAGAACAGUUUUUCCCAAACCCCAGACACGGAUUUCACUGGACAGUCGCUCUUUGAUUCUGAUGUGGACAUGGAUGAUUACACAGACCACGAGCAGUGCAAGUGACGUCUAGCCUCUCUGACCCUCUGCUAUCGGAGCUGCCAUUCCUGGGGUUCGUCCAGCUUUCCCAGGUAGAUGCCCAUUCGAGCUGGGAAGAGAGCUCCGUGCUUGGCACAGUUUUCACAUGCUAACUGGACUAUAGCCGCCUUAUUUCUUUUUUUGUAAGAACAGACACAGAACCAUUCAGAUGGCUUCAUUUAAAAUGAAUAGGCAAAAAAAAAAAAAAAAGUCAGCAUGGUUCCUGAAAUCCAUUUUUGUUUUCGUGACAAAACCAGUAUUGUAUGGUAAAGCAGAUGAAAGAGCAGGUUGCCUACAGAUAGCGUUUAUGCUGAUCCUCUUCAAGUUGAGGGCUUAGUUGGAAGCUGGAUCCUUGAACAUCCUGCAUCCGCCAGGGUCCCGAAGUCUUGGGAGAGACCAUCAGAAAACAUGUAGGAGAUGAAUGUUCUGUGGUGGCUGCUUGUACUUGAUGUGUGUAUAUUGUAUGUUGAGACAUAAAUAAAAUUCACAGAUAUUUAAUGAACACCUGCAAUGUGCAAAGCACUGUGCUAGGUGCUAAUCAGUAUAAGUUUUAUUCUAAGCUCUGCCACUGACUAGCUGUGUGAUUUUGGGCAAGCCCUUUAACUCUUGUGUGCCUCAUUUCCCCCACCUGUAAAGUGGGGAUAACUACUCUCCACCAACCUACCUCACAGGGAUGUUGUGAGGAUUCAUGUGGUAACAUUUGUAAGGCGCUUUAAACCUCUUGGAAGAGGUGUGACAUAAACAAAAAAUUUUAUUCUUUGUUGUGCUUUCAUAUGUGUCAAGAUUGGAGGGCAAAGGAAUCCCCAUAUCCAGGCAACAACAGCCACAGACAGUCGAUUGCAACAGCCAGCAAAUGAAACACAUACGAAAGGCAUGGUUAGAACUCUGCCAUUGUUCCUUUUUGUGAUCUUGCUUGAAUUGAAAUCUUUUGUUGGAAGAACCUUAGAAAUGUUGUUACAAGUCAUCAACAGCUACAAACGGUCUUCGAUUCUACUCUGUUUUUGCAGGAAAGUAUUUCUUUCAUUGCCGGAACUCAUGCUGGAGUGCUGUCCUCUGCCGACUCCAGAGUGUUAGGUUGCCCAUGUUUGUUUAUUUUUAAGGAAUAAAGCUCAGGAAUAUGGCGGGUUUAAUAGAGGUGAAGGGGAACGCAUUUGAUUGAUUUUUUGUAGGCAGAAGCUUGCCAACUUGUAAUGUCUUUUUGAAAACGAACCUUGCAGGAUGUAUUGAAAAGAUGAAGUAGGAAGAGGAUCAUGUUACAUAUAUUAGGCACUUUGUGCAGUGAUAGACUAUGCAGUUCACGAAUGCAACUUUUCUGGUGUUUUCAGCCCUUGCUCAGUGGGAGGAGAACAGCUGUUGAAGACAAAUCUUAACGUUUCUUAAGGAUCACCCAGGCCCUUUCUGUACUCCCUCUUCCUCCCUAUAGGGCACAGGAACUGUUGGGAUUACCUCUGUUUGCUAAGGCACUCUAUUUCUGAAGACAUCGUUUGUGUUGGCUUAAAACAUUUUUCAGGGAAGUAUGGGGCAAAGAUACUAGGGAAUGGCCAUGGGUUUGGACAAGGAGAGCCAGUGUUACGAUUUACAACUGCAAACAAAACUGCUUUGCUUCUCAUCACAGCUGACUGACUGGGUAAGGAUUACUCAUUAUGAGGUUAAAGAGCGUUUCUUAAAAGACAAGAGCUUUUGAGAAGUUCAUGUGCAUCUACUUGAAUAAGCCUUUCCUGGAGUGUAGUGUUUGCAAACCAGUCCUUAAAGACUGCUGUGGAGUCACAAAGAGGUAAAGAGGGAGAGUUUUUGAGACUGUUUUCUAGGUUGUUUGGCACCAGCUGAGCAACUGUGUGGAGCAUAUGUAACUGGCAAUAAAUGUUCCGAUACCUUAGAUUAGAAAUUCUUAUUCCACAGAAAACUCAGUUGUUUAUAUCUUAUUAAAACCAUUCAUGUUUGAGAGGACUCUUUGAUGCCUAAUGAGAUAUGAUGGAGAAGAUAUGAGUGGAUAAGCCUGUUUUAUUUCUCCAGCGUUACGUGGGGGAACUUUUAGCCUUGUUUCUAGCACGUGAUUCUAAGGCCAGCUAGCAGGGGUUCUGUGUGACUAGGCAAAGUCCUGGCCUGAAAACGUGAAUGUACUGAACAGGUGGGACUAUGGACUUGCCACCACAAAAACUGA